UAGUGAGCAUGAUAUGAAGAAAAUUUCUUAUCAAUAUCAAAUAGUAAGCGGGGUAAGCUACAUAGACAUAAAUCCAUUCUUUACUUACGAUUGCAAAUAUUUAAUUUUAACGUCAAAAUAUAAGAUAAACAUAUAUAGCAUUAACACAGGAAAGUGUCUUGGCACCAUACGACCUAAUUUAAAUUUCAAAGAAAAAAGAUAUUCAGUUUAUGAUGAAUAUUUUAUUGGUUCAGCUCUAUAUAUUAAAUAUAAGCUUCAAAUCAUGACAAUUAGUAAUAUUGGUAAUAUAUCCUUAUGGAAUUAUACAAAUGGGAAAAAAAUAAAAAAUUUUGAAUCUCAUAUUGAAGGAAUUGAGUUAUUUCAUAUAUCAUCCAACUAUAUUUACCUUAUUAUACCUAAUAAAAAUGACUCAUUAAAAUUUGAUUUAGCCUACAUCAAAUAUCCAGUAUUUAAAGAUCCCAAUGACAACUGUUUAGAUGAAUACCCAAAGCAUAAUAAAACAAAUAUAAUUAUUUAUGAAAUUUACAGUAAACCUAAUUAUAUAACAUUUCAUCCCCUCAAUCUUUUUGUUGCUGCUAUUAUGGAAAAUAUUAUGAAAGUAUACAUGAUCAAUUUAGAAGAAAUGUCAAAACCCAAAAUUAUAGGUCAUAUGAUAGGAAGCAACCGAAUCUUUACUUGUAUAGCUAGCCAUCCAAUAUCUCUUAGCGUUGCUACAGGUGACAAUACUGGCCAAAUUUUGCUCUGGAAUGAUGUCCACAAAAAACAUCCCAUCAGAUCCGUUUAUCAUUGGCACACUUUUCCUCUUCAUACUUUAGCCUUUUCCACUGAAGGUUCCUAUCUUUUGAGCGGCGGCAAAGAAGGAGUUUUGAUUAAAUGGGAUUUGAAAAACGAGGACAGGCUAUUUUUGCCCCGGUUUGAAUGUCCCAUAGAGAAAAUAGUCAUUUCCAAAGAUAAUUUAUACAUUGCAGUAUGCUUGCAAAAUAAUGGAAUCAAGAUAAUGGGGUUUCAGUUUGAUUUCCCUAAAUACCUGACCAUAUCAGGACUUUUGUUCGACAAAGAAGAACGAAUCAACGCUAAUCACACCCGUGUCAUCGAUGACAUGUGGUUGGAAAAAAUUAAGGGUAACUUUGAGCAAAGCGAAACGAACAUCAAUAAAAUUGAAUAUUUUGCCAGUGUCAUUAAUGGAUGCAAUAAUACGGCCUUAUGGGAAACUGGUUUGGUCAUGAAUACCCGGAAUGCCAAAAUUCUAGUGACAAAUGGUUCCACGGGAUUUGUUCAAUUUUACGAUCCUAUCCAAGACCAAUUGAUUUAUAAACUGGACAUUUGUCAUCAAAACAAGUCCACUGGAACGAGAUAUGAAUCCCCUUCAAACACGCAAGUCACUAAGAUAGCCUUUUUUUCUACGCCUCCCGCUUCUUUUACGUUGGGCGAACCUAAGCACUUCAUGGUCACUUUUCAAUAUAGACUCGGUGUUGAGGAUACCAUGCCCGAAUCUUACCUCAAAUUCUGGGAAUUCAAAAAAGAUCGGAAUAGUUACAUCACUAACACGAGUAUCCUUAACCCGCAUUCUCAAUUCCAGGUCGACAGCAUGAAAUUUUCUCCAGCCUGUUCUAAUGCAUUCCUUCAAAAUUCUGACUUUACCAAACUUCGCACCGACUGUGGGACUGAUUUAAAUCCUGUGCGGCCAACCCUUUAUACGAUCAGUCGAAAAGAAGAAAAUUUUAAGAUUUGGUCCAUAAAUUAUGAAAAGAUACCCGGCCAAUCAGAACUCAAGUAUCACUGGGCGUGCAUUUACAAGGGUUCUUACAGCUAUCAGUUCGCUCCUACCGGGGCUUUUGAUUUUAACCCCAUCUCGAACAUGGUAGCCAUAGCCUUCAAGGACACCUCUAAAAAAGUUAGUAAUUUUUCCCAUAGUCUCGUAAAUAACACCGAUACAGAAGAUAUCAUCACUAAAAACGGAAAAAAUGUGAUAGCCAUAUACAAAGUUUUUACCGAUAACGACAUUUCUGAAAGCAUAGAAAAUCACGAAUUUCGAGAAUUUUAUGAUGAUGUGCUAAGACUUGUGGAUGAUAGCUUGGUGGUUCACACACUGCACGAAUGGGAAUAUAUUAGGUAUAUGAGUUUCGGUCAAAGUCACUACAAUUCGCAUUCUCUCUUAAUAUCGGCCACAUGCCAACGUCUAUUUGUCUGGGACAUUAACGAAACCUCACUUAUAUGGACCCUAGAUCUGGCCAUUUUGAAGGUCGAUUUUACGGACAAUCCAACUUUAAAUGAUGGAAGCGGGAUAAAUUACGGAAAUUGCGAAAAAUUAACCACUAAAAUUUGCAAUGAGCGCAUUAUAACAAGCUUAAGUUGUAACUUCGGAAAAGGGGAAUUGGCCGUUUUUAUUCAUACUUACAAUCAUGGAUCCAGUGCCUUGAUGUUUAAUGAUCUCCUAAAUCCACAAUUCAUGCAAAUCUUGAAUUUAAGUCCUUGUUCAAAAAAUAUUACACCCGAUAUCAUAAAUUGCAGUUUUAUAAUAUCGAGCAUCUAUUUACCUGUUACCGACAAUUUCCACCAACGCAAGCUGUUUUUUAUGAAUUCGGAACAGCAUUUAUUAUCGAUGGAUGCCUAUGUACAAUCUACCUCUCCCGACCAUAAAGAAUUUGAUCUCCUAAACGAAACUCGAGCUUCGGACGAUUUUGAAGAAACUAACGAUAUUGAUGAUUUGAACCUUCUUAACGCUACGACUCCAUUCGGAAGUUUUUUUUACGAAAACUUAAAACUUCGAAACCAAAUGUCGGAAACGGAUGGAGAAAUCGAUAAAAUUAAAGGCAUAGAUUUCGACGAGGAUGCGGACAGAAGGACAUAUUCUGCCAAAGAAAGACUUAAAAUUAUGAAUGGAAUGAUCGAAAAUUGCCCAGCACACGUUUUCCCGGAGUUAAACUCAUUUAGCCUAAACUACAUGGAAUCUUUUCUGUCACCAUUUUCUAAUCACGCAAACCACUCUGAUCAAUAUAAAUUCGCCCCCAAAGACUUUGAAAUGCAGGAAAAAAAUUAUUACUCCGUCCCAGUCAAUAUAUCAGUAGAAAAUUACGAUGAUUUUACACCUUCGAGAACGAAUUUUGAAGAUUUAUUGAUUGAGAAACUUGCCUACGUUACUUAUAAAUUGAACGUUCCAGAGACGAAUAUCAAAAAGAAAAGUAAGAAAAAACUUAAGACUACCGCUUCGACCAUUGGGGGAAAUUAUAUUGAAACGCAAGGGUUGAAGGAAUUAUUGAACGAGUUAUUUUUGUAGAUAAUUUUUUUUUGAAUUUCCUUAGAUCAACGUAUGGUGAUGUUUUUUAUUUAUUUAUAUAAUUGUAAACAUUG